AUGUGGGUACCCUCUUUUCUGCUCUUUCUCUUCCCCCAUUGGGAUCAAGAUCUGAGGAAUUGUGAUCCCAAAACACAGCUGGAAUGUGCGUCUGGACUGUGCAUUGGGCGUAGUCAGUGGUGCGAUGGGCUGGUGAAUUGUCCGGGUCAGGAGGUGAGCGAGGGCAUUGUCAUGGAAAAGCAGGGAAUGGGGGAGAAGAACAAUGCAUAUUGUUGGUCUCAAUGAUCGAGAAAGAGAUUGCAGACCUUUCAUGUGACAUUUGGGGAUGGAUUUGACUUUUAAAAUAGGGUUGGGACGUAAUAAUGUGUUAUAGUAGCCUACGAAAGAAACGUUAAAAAUUUAGAUUUUUUUAAAUAAUUUUUAGGAGAAAACAGAUUUUCUGGAAGUUCAAAAGGAUCACGUUAAAGUGUAGAAUUGUAGACAUGCCUAAACGAGCAUGUCUACAAUUUUUUAAAAUCUGAUAGCUUAUGCUUACACUAUUUUUCAAUGAAAAUUUCACACUCAAGAUCGAAAGAGAUCCAAUUCUUGUGAAACUAAUUAUAUUACGCAAGCACUGACUCCAAAUUCAUCCUAGGCCUUUCAGGACGAAGCCAAUUGUGGGCCCAAAGCGAAGCUGAAGCAUGGCUGCCGUCCCCAUGAUUUCCUCUGUUCCUCCGGUGAUUGUAUUCCGACUGGUCGAAUCUGUGACGAGAUCCGCGACUGCUCUGAUGGAAGCGAUGAGGAUAUCUGUGAGAGUGUAAAAUCAGCAAAGGCUCCGAGCAGUGCGACUUCUUGUGGGCCAUUUACUUUCCAUUGCACCAAAAGUGAUACUUGUGUGGACUCGCAGAAGAAAUGCGAUGGGAAAAAAGAUUGUCCCAACAAUGAAGACGAGAUUGGAUGCAAGAGAAAGUUGAUGGAUCUCAAAAAGAGACCGCCAUUUGACGAUAGUAUGAUCCCAGUUACGGUGCUCAGCCAGGUCGUGAUCGCACAGUAA